AUGAGUUUGUCUGGUAGGUCAUGCAUACACCUUAGAUUGUUUCAGUAUUAUUUUUCAAAAUUAAAAAUGUUAGAAUAUUGUUUUUUUCGCAAAAGUCUAGUUUUGAAACAUGUUCGAUAUAUUUCUCAAUUUAAAAUACAACGUACUGACUGUGUGCCAUACGGAACGCCGCGCAAAAUAAAGGAUCCGAAACUUUGUGGUCAUAAAGACAAAGGUCUUGUCUUGGGAGUUUAUUAUAAUGAAAACGCCAAAGGUGAACCUGCCAUUCUUACUGCAAGUGCACAAAAGUAUGAUAGAGAAUCCGGUGGUAAACUUUGGAAAAUGUUAAAAUUAUCACCCAUCCCGAAAUUGGGAGAAUCAAGAAUAUUUUUCGACUUAGAUCCAACAUUUGCAUUCGUAGCUGUAUCUGGUCUUGGGUCAGAAUGUUUAACUUACAAUGUUAGUGAACAAUUGGACGAAAACAAAGAAGCUAUCCGAAUCGCUGCUGGUGUGGGUGCAAUAUCUCUUCAACCACUGAAUCCUAAAGCUAUACAUUUAGAAUCCUUUGGAAAUGCAGAAGCCGCAGCGGAAGGUGCAUAUUUAGCAAAUUGGCAAUUUGAAGAAUAUAAAAGUACGUUGGGAAAGAAAAUUCUCCCUAAAUCCCAAAUUUAUCUUCACGACGAUUGUGAUAUAGAUGGUUGGCAUAUAGGUCAAAUGAAGGCUGAAGCUCAAAAUUUAGCAAGGUAUCUUCAAGAAAUGCCCGCAAAUAUGCUGAACCCUACAUCCUUUGCAAAAAUUGCCGUUGAACUCCUAUGUGAAUUAGAUAUAAAUGUAGAAGUUAAGACACAAGGAUGGGCGGCCAGUCAUGAGAUGGGAGGAUUUGUAGCUAUAGGUAAAUCAUCGAUUCAACCACCGCUCUACGUUGAGAUCAGUUAUUACGGAGCAGGUGAGAAAACUCGACCAAUUGUGCUAAUUGGUAAAGGCGUAACUUUUGAUAGUGGCAGUUUAGAUCUCAAAUCUCCAAAAGACCUUCGUUAUAUGAAAGGAGACAUGGCGGGUGCUGGAUGCAUAUUAGCCAUAACCAGAACUGCGGCUAGACUUAAACUACCGAUCAAUAUUCGAGGCAUUCUUCCAUUAUGCGAAUUAAUGCCAAAUGGAAACAGUCCCAAAUUUGGUGACGUGGCAUAUAGCGCUAAUGGAAAAUCUUUACACAUAAGGUUACCGUCUCGUGAGGGUCGACUUCUCAUAGCAGACAGUUUGGUAUAUGCACGCAACUACUGGCCAAAACUUAUUAUAGAUAUAGGUACGAUGUCAAAAGAACUAAUUUAUACUCUAGACGGAAGUGCUUGCGGUUGUUACACCAAUAGCGAUGAAUUGUUUUGCUACCUUCAAUCAGCGAGUAGUCAGACCGGUGAUAGGAUUUGGCGAAUGCCAUUAUGGAAAUUUUACGAAGAUCGAGUAAGAGACUGCCAUACGGCCGAUGUUGCGAAUACGGGCAGGGAUGAGUUCGGCGAUUCACCAAAUUGUGCAGCUUUUUUAAAACAGUUCAUUUGCGAUACUAAAUGGGUGCAUUUGGAUACUUACAAUAUCGCCUACUCCAAAGGACGCGAUUUCCCAUAUCUUCGCCGCGGCAUGACCGGUCGUCCAACAAGAACCAUUCUCGAAUUCAUAUUUCAGUUAUUGGCUGACGCAAAACUGUAA